GUGAUAGUUGAAAUCGAAAACGGUGAAUACAAGUUCCCGCCAUGGUGGCUCAGCAGCUUCAAGAGAGAUGCGGCAAUUCUCAAGAAGAUCCUGUUGAGACCACCAAGUCUCUGAUCUGUGCUCUCAAUUACAUUUCUCGUGACCUUCCUUUGCCUCCUCACCUCUUCGCCGCCGUUUCUUCUAUCUACCAUGGCGCUUCUUCUUCUCUUUCCGACUCCGAUGUCUCUCCGCCGCUACCUACUUCGCCGCCUGGGAAUUAUUUAACUCCCUAUGGAGGUGAUUUGAUGGGUGAGUUCGAGGAUGCACUUUUGAAGCAGAGACCAAAUUGUGAAUCAGGCUCUCGAUUGAUAGAAUUACUCGAUAAUCGGAAUAAGACUCAUAUCCAACGCCGCUUAUCUGAACUUGAAGAAUUACCUUCCACUAGAGGUGAAGACUUGCAGGCAAAAUGCUUACUUGAGCUUUAUGGGCUUAAGCUACGAGAAUUGCAAGGCAAGGUUCGAACCGCGGUGAGCUCGGAAUUCUGGCUACGUCUGAACUGUGCAGAUGUCAGUAGCCAACUAUUUGACUGGGGCAUGAUGAGGUUGCCUCGUCCAUUUUAUGGGGUUGGAGAUCCUUUUGCUAUGGAAGCUGAUGAUCAGUUCAGAAAGAAGCGUGAUGCUGAGAGGUUAUCACGUUUAGAAGAAGAGGAGAAGAAUCUGAUUGAAACCGCUAAGAGGAAAUUCUUUGCAGAAGUACUUAAUGCAGUUCGUGAAUUCCAGUUGCAAAUUCAGGCGACUCAAAAACGCCGUAGGCAAAGGAAUGAUGGUGUGCAGGCUUGGCAUGGGAGACAAAGACAACGCGCUACCCGUGCUGAAAAGUUGAGGCUCAUGGCCCUUAAGUCCGAUGAUCAAGAGGCAUACAUGAAACUAGUAAAGGAGAGUAAAAAUGAAAGACUAACCACUCUUUUAGAGGAGACAAACAAACUCCUUACUAAUUUGGGAGCUGCUGUUCAACGUCAGAAAGAUGCUAAACUUCCGGAAGGCAUUGAUCUACUUAAAGACUCAGAAUCUGACUUGUCUGAACUUGAUGCUCCAAGAAGUGAACCAUUGCAGGAUCUGCUUCCUGAUCAGGAUAUUGAUAUUACUGAGUCUGACAUUAACGAUGACUCUAAUGAUUUACUAGAAGGACAGAGGCAGUAUAACUCUGCUAUUCAUUCAAUACAAGAGAAGGUGACGGAGCAGCCCUCGCUUCUAGAAGGUGGGGAACUACGAUCCUAUCAAUUAGAAGGGCUCCAAUGGAUGGUUUCUCUAUUCAACAAUAACCUCAAUGGAAUUUUAGCUGAUGAGAUGGGUUUGGGAAAAACUAUUCAAACAAUUUCUCUGAUUGCGUAUCUUCUGGAGAAUAAAGGUGUGCCUGGGCCUUAUCUUAUAGUUGCUCCAAAAGCUGUGCUACCAAAUUGGGUAAACGAGUUUGCAACAUGGGUACCAAGCAUUGCAGCUUUUCUUUAUGAUGGACGUUUAGAGGAAAGAAAAGCAAUAAGGGAAAAAAUUGCAGGAGAAGGAAAAUUCAAUGUGUUGAUAACCCAUUAUGAUCUUAUCAUGAGAGAUAAAGCAUUUUUGAAGAAAAUUGAGUGGUACUACAUGAUUGUUGAUGAAGGACAUCGGCUGAAGAACCACGAAUCUGCUCUAGCAAAGACUCUACUAACAGGCUAUCGUAUAAAACGCAGACUUCUGUUAACCGGGACACCCAUACAGAAUAGCCUUCAAGAACUAUGGUCAUUGCUUAAUUUUCUCCUUCCUCACAUCUUUAACUCGGUUCAAAACUUCGAGGAAUGGUUUAAUGCUCCUUUUGCUGACCGUGGUAAUGUCAGUCUUACGGAUGAAGAGGAGCUCUUGAUUAUCCACCGUCUGCAUCAUGUUAUAAGGCCGUUUAUACUGAGAAGGAAAAAGGACGAAGUAGAGAAAUUCCUUCCUGGAAAGACACAGGUCAUAUUGAAGUGUGAUAUGUCGGCAUGGCAGAAAGUGUAUUACAAACAAGUUACAGACAUGGGCAGGGUUGGCCUUCAAACAGGAUCUGGGAAAUCAAAGAGUCUGCAAAAUCUAACGAUGCAAUUAAGAAAGUGUUGUAACCAUCCCUAUCUAUUUGUUGGAGGAGACUACAAUAUGUGGAAGAAACCUGAGAUUGUGAGAGCUUCAGGGAAAUUUGAACUCCUUGAUCGUCUCCUUCCAAAACUGCGCAAGGCUGGACAUAGGAUUCUUCUCUUCUCCCAAAUGACCCGUCUCAUUGACGUUCUUGAGAUAUACUUGACACUUAAUGAUUACAAAUACCUUAGACUCGAUGGUACCACAAAGACAGAUCAAAGAGGGCUUUUACUGAAGCAAUUCAACGAGCCAGAUUCUCCCUACUUUAUGUUUCUUUUGAGCACACGUGCCGGAGGUCUUGGUUUGAACUUGCAAACUGCAGACACUGUUAUUAUCUUUGACAGUGAUUGGAACCCACAAAUGGACCAACAGGCUGAGGAUCGAGCGCAUCGCAUAGGGCAGAAGAAGGAAGUCAGAGUGUUUGUUUUGGUUAGCGUUGGCUCCAUUGAAGAAGUAAUAUUGGAGCGUGCAAAGCAAAAGAUGGGCAUUGACGCUAAAGUCAUACAAGCUGGACUUUUCAACACAACUUCCACUGCACAAGACCGAAGAGAGAUGCUUGAAGAGAUUAUGCGCAAAGGAACAAGCUCGCUCGGGACAGAUGUCCCCAGUGAGAGAGAAAUAAACAGGCUCGCGGCUCGUAGUGAGGAUGAAUUUUGGAUGUUUGAGCGAAUGGAUGAGGAGAGACGAAGGAAGGAGAAUUACAGAGCCCGUCUGAUGCAAGAGCAGGAAGUCCCUGAGUGGGCGUACACUACUCAGAGCCAAGAUGAGAAGUUGAACAGCGGAAAGUUCAAUUUUGGGAGUGUCACAGGUAAGCGAAAACGUAAAGAGAUCGUUUACAGCGACACACUAAGCGAGUUACAGUGGCUGAAAGCCGUGGAGAGCGGUGAAGACCUGUCAAAACUCUCUAUGAGACAUAGGAGAGAGGAGAACACAAGCAACACAAAGACACCAACGAGUAAAAAAGCGAUAGAACCUAUCCAAACUGUGAGUGAUGGGACAAGCGAGGAGGAGGAAGACGAGGAAGAAGAAGAAGAAAGAGCAAAGGAGAUGAGCGGAAAGCAGAGAGUGGAGAAGUCUGAAGAAGAAGAAGAAGAAGGUGAAGAAGAGAAUGAUGGAAAGGCAAUAUUCAAGUGGAAUACUCAUAAGAAGAAAAGGUCUAGAUACUCUUUUACGUGUUCUUCGUCUGACUCUAGAGCUCAAAGUUCCAACGGAAGUAGACGAAAAUGAAGAAGGUGAGGUGAGAUCUGAGUUGACUUUGGUCUCUUCUUCUACGUGUUUGUGUGUCUUCUACAAGCAUUUAGAUGUUCUUCUUGCCAAUGUAACUUAUUCCAAUCUAACAUGUAAUACAUUUAUUUUAAUUGC